GCGAUGACCAAAGUCUUGGAAUACUCUCUCCGCCUUAAUAUUUCAAAUUUGGCCGGCCUCUUCACUUUCUCCUUCUCUCUUCCUUUACGGACCCAAAUCUAACUCUCUUUUGUCUCUCUCUCCUUCUGUCUCUGUGUUCGAGAUUCAGUUGAGAUGAUUUCCUUUGUUGGUAGAGCUCUGUUCGUCUCCGUCUUUCUUCUCUCCGCAUGGCAAGAGUUCAAUGAAUUUGGGGAUAAUGGAGGCCGAGCAGCUAAAUCUCUAAGACCAAAGUUCAAUGCUUUUGUUAGUCACGUAACAACUCAUACUGGCCAGCAAUUGCCACCGGUCGAUACGAAGCUUCUUGUUGCUGCUGCUAUAGCCUUAAAGGGUAUUGGUGGACUUUUGUUCGUUUCUGGCAGCUCCUUGGGAGCAUAUCUCCUACUUCUUCAUCAAGCUGUUGCCACCCCGAUUCUUUACGAUUUCUACAACUACGAUGUUGAGAGAAAGGAAUUUAGCCAACUGUUUUCCAAGUUUACUCAGAGCGUGGCACUCGUUGGUGCACUACUCUUCUUUAUUGGAAUGAAGAACUCGAGGAGACAUGGUAGGCAACUCCGGAGGAAGGCUCCAAAAGCUAAAGCAAACUGAAGAUAGAGGAAUGUUUUCAUCGUUUUCUCUUUUUCAGCUUUUGUAGCACAAUCUGUUCUGUAUUUUGAGAUUUCUGUUUUGGAAUCCAGACAUCGGUUUAAAGAUGUAUGCGAUGAGGCAAAAAUCUGCAAAUCAUUUUUGCUUUAUUAUAUUGACACUUUUUCACACU